AUGUCGAUAUAUAUCUCCAUCAUGCUUUUCAGUCAAAGGUCUCUUCUCCAAGGCAAUUUCUUGCUAUUCUUCUUGAAUAAGUCAUUCUUUAUGCAAUUGCAGACAUUGCGAUUAAUACUUCCAACGACAAACACUGAUGGCAUUUUUACAAACAACACAAGAACUUCUGCACCACUCAGUACCGGACCGGCUGUGAUACUUCCAACGAUAAACACUGCUGGAAUCUUUACAAACAGUACGGCAAUAAGCUCUAUAUCGAAGACCAUCGAAUCUAGCACAUUGACUUCUAUUCACGAUGGCCCUAAUUCUGGGCCCUCUGCAUCGACUGGCACCCAGUCUAGCAGCUUUAAUUCGACUACUACUGGGCUAAGUAGUUCCAAGUUAGGUGUAACGACCUUGACGACUUCAAGCCUGGCGAAUAAUACUGGAGUUGCCUUCUCAUUGUUAGUCAGCAUUGGUGUCCUAGCCUUUCCAACCAGCGCUAGUUCCUCGUCGACUACAUCCGGGACAUCUACAAUCCCAUUUACCUUCACCGGUACAUGGAGUGCUUCUCCCACUACGAUACCCGUGCCCUCCAUCUGGUUCACUGUCCCAACAGCCUCCAUUCCAGCUCCCACAGCGACAUCGGAGGCAGUAGCCCUGGGUGCCUUAUUCUUAGCCCUUCAUGCAAACAGGCAAUGGGUUACCGAUGUCAAGCUAAGAUCUCAGUAUAUCGAGAAUAUCAAAAAGACGAAGGAUAAGACGCUCGCCUUGUUCAAUUCUCUAGAUGUCAAACCCCCAUCAGCUCCGGACUGCUCAAGUACGACCAGGAAACGGAACGUGAUACCGGAGGAGAAGCUGAAUAGCCUGCUGCGAAAUAGGGGGCUGUUAUCUGGAAUUAUCAAUGUGGCUAAGGAUGUGGUCCACCGUGUCGCUAAACUUGUUAGUUGCUCUAUUAACGUAAUUGACAACCUGAUAGACGCCGUUGAUGGGAAGAUACCUCCUAUCAGUGUAAUCGAAACCCUGACGGAAGGCCUGGCCGAGAUUGGUAAAGAAUUGAAGAAGGGCGACAGCGAUGAAUCUACUGAAACGGAGUCUAAGCCAUCCUCCACAAGGCAAUCUUCAACCACUUCAUCGUCGAGCUCAUCAUCAUGCUACGGCAGCACCGCGGUUCAAAUCUGUACGAAGACAGUUUCUCUCGCUACAUCGUUCUUGUCUGGCGGCACGAGUAGCUACACAGUUACAACGAUCACUACAACCUUGUGUACAACAACCACCAUCGCUGGAUGUACCGGUGCCGGAACCACGGCAGCCACAACAACUGCAACGGCACACCCUGCUUGCACUGCUUUUAAGGCUCCCACCGAUGACGAAACCGAAGAAGACGGUGUAGAAGUCGAUGCGGACCCCAAGAGACGCUCGAUAGCCGGACGUAUCAAGCUCGAUCUCGAGCCGCGGAAAUCAACCAACGGUACACCAGUUAGUUUCGGUGUCUGUCUAGUUCCUGAAGAGUUCAAAAUUAUCUUUCCGGGGCAUCCCAAACCUACUCAAGUAUUUACCAAAGAUACUUCUCCGCCUGCGCCUACUGAUUUACCUUUAUUAAAUGGGGUUGCGAGAUAUUACGAUCGAGAUGUCGACUGUGACGGUAUCACCAAGCUUCAAAAGCGUUCCAAGGCCGAGCUUACGAAUGAUCCUAAAGCUAAUGUGGCUAAAGGGCUUAAUAUUAAAGAUUAUAGCACGGAUCAUAUCUUCGAGCUUAAACUUUUGCUCCAGUUCUUCAAAACGAUCACACCGACUGUAUCUGGCGGGGCGUUUACCGUGUUCAAAGACUGCGACAACUUCAAUGAAAUUUUCUUCCCGAGCCCUUGCAACAAAGUUAUGCAGACAUUGUAUAACCAGGUACCGACAAACACCAAUGCAGCGGCUGGCAGACAGAUAGAGUUUGCCAUUAUGCUGAGGGCGUUGAAUGAUAUGAAGGGUGUGCUCCUCAAGCCUGGCGAAUUCGUCCAACCCCGAUGGCUGCAAAAGAACCUUCGGGUCGAAGACGUUAGUUCGUAUAUUGUCACCUUGCAAAACGUCGCGAUUGCAAUGGCUAUUUGCAAGGACCCAGAUGUAAUACCGCUGUUCGACAAAACAAAUCUUCGUAUCUACAAUACAUUCGAGGGCAUAGACCGACUUAUUGAGGCCAAGGGGAUUACCCUGAAGGAUUCGACGUUCAAAUUUACUAUUGCUUACGAAACCUGGAUGAAGGACUUUCUUGCAAAGUAA